GGGGAGCUAGGCGUUCAUCCACACAUGACUGGCGAUAUGUACACAUGCACACUCACCCAUUUAUGUUAUUUCAACGGCACUAAACUGGGGUUGCAGUUUUUACUUUCGGCUUUUGGCAGUUGGUCUUCCGACUUUACUGGCAUUCUUGAGUCUCCGUUGCAGUUGCUCGGAAGAAGUUGUCGCGUGCGGAAGUAAAUAAAUUUUUGAGAGAUAAGUUCGUAACGGUUAAGUAUGUAAAAUUUUUAUAGAUGUGAAAAAGGGAACAAUAGAACCAUCAGUUACUAAGUAAUAGAUUAAUAUAAAAAGUUUACUAAAUAAAAAAUAACAAAUAAAAAUUUAUCGAAAAAUAUUUUAAAACACUAAACGAUAUAUAUUUCGCCUCCGUGUGAAGUGAAGAAUAACGCAUCGAGAAAAUUUACCUUGAACAGUGCCGAGUUGCCCGUUAUUAUAAUACCUAGAGUGAACGUUUUGCGCCGCCAUGUCGCAGCACAACUAUACAAAUCCGGCAUUUUGUCACGGCAGCGAGUUUUAUCCGACGCGCGGUGUCGAAUUGGACUCGGUUCAAGAGCCUAUAGAAGCCAUCUACAAUCGAAGUCUUAAUAUUUCUUAUGGCGGGCAUGCAGUGCCGACGGCGAAUCCCCGCGUUGGUCCCCUACGUCUGCAACGAAGUAUGUCGACUCGCUCGGUCAACGUGCAAAAGCGUUCGAAGGCAGCAGCGGCGUCCCAAGUACAUUUAAGUCGCCUUCCAAAGCAACAACAACAUCAACGGCAACAAACUCAACAACAACGCCCAACAAAAAGCCAGUUCGCCAUCACUUCGUAUUCACAUUCCCGCAACAACAACAAUAGCACGAGUGCAGUUGCCGAAUCGACGGCUUUCGAAACUCGUUCAAAUUCUGGCCGUUAUGCGCUUGUACCAGUAGAAGACUUGCCAUCGACGGCUAAUAGAAAUAACCGAUACGCAAUUGUACCCGGUCUGUCCACGGGCCUCGCUCGCACCCAUCGAUAUGCUAAAUCGCAGGAUAACCUUGAUUACUACGGUUCAGAAGGGCGCCUGCAAAGCGAUGAAGAACCCGCCUCAUUUCACGAGGAGCCACAUUCGUUUCAUGGUCAAUCCGCAGAUGCGGCGUUCGCUAGCCAUAGCAAAGCGGCUAUACCUACUGUACAACAACCACAGCCAUUGUCACCUAAAAUAAAACAUGCUUUCUCCAGCGAUUUCGGCAGCAAAACAUUCCUUAUCGUGGAUAAGAAUAGCAAUCAGCGCUACCAAAUGGUACCCACCGCCGAGGAUGAGGAACUGGUUGACGACAAUCAAGAAAUUAUACAAAUGCACAAUGGGCGCGCCCAUCGUUACGCGGUAAUUCCAACUGAAGAAGAAGACCAGAUGCAGGACGCUGAAGGUGAGGAGGAGGAAACGUGCCUUAGCAAUUCCGAUUUGAAUCGCAGUGAGAACUUCUUGGUUAGCGCCACGAAACAGUCUCGGAACACAACGCUACGCACUUCGACGCCACAAAAGCUACCAGCACUAGCACAAGCGCAAAAUGGCGUCAACUCUUAUCCGUGCACACCCAUGAAGAAUCCAGCCGCCACAAAAAUGCUGCACGAACUACUCUCCACACCGCGAAAAACACCUCUACCGCGUAGUGUUACACCACGCAACUUGUCGCCCUUAGAGCGGCUACCGGAAAACUACCAGCAAGAGCAUCAACGCACAAAGUACCACUAUCGCAGCCAACAACAAUUGCACUAUACGCCUGGUGAUCGACGCUUAGAACGCACUACGCAAAGUCUACAUUACGAGUCGGUGAAAACGCCAGGCGACCGAACCAUGGCGGUGAUUACGCCACGCAUAACACCACAUCAGCAAUCAAAGGCGUACCCGGAGGUGGAGGAGGAGGAGGAUUGCAGCAGCAUCCAUGGAAAAUCCACCAACAGCACCACACCCUACCCGCAGAAGGUGGCCAAUGCGGCGAUCACCUUGGCCGUCGUGUCGCUGAUGCUUGUGAUCAGCAGCAGUAUGAAUACGGCGCUUAUUAUCUACAUGAUUGCGCAUUUUGGAAAAUCAUUUUACCUGCAGUUUAGCUUGGUUGCCGCAUUCAGUGGCGUGGGGCUUGGUUUCCUCGGUUUCCGUUCGCGUCAUUGUGAAUGGUUGCCAAAUCGCAGCUACACCUCUGGUUAUAUUCUCGUAACGGUAUUCUGCCUGCUCAAAUGCUGUGGCUUAGUAGUGAUCCUAGUGCUAGAUCCUUACCCUGGGUUGCCACUACACGAUGUAACUACAGGCAUUAUACUGGGUCUAUCUACAUUCACGAUUUUCUUUAUCGGCCUGGGUGUGGUUGGAUCACUUUGGUGCUAUAGACCGCCACCAGAUAAUAGAGUUAAUGUUGCUUAAAUAAUGCAUAGAAAAUUGUUCAAACAAUUAUACAGUUGAUUUAGUUUUUAAUAACA